AUGGAGCAAACAUCACCGUCUUUAGUACGUUUAUUAUUGUUUGUUAUAUGUAGUUAUUCCAUAACAAUUAUAGGAAUAUUAAUCGGUUUUAUUAGUCACUUCUUAUAUUGGCUAUUAUUUGAUUCAUUUGGUCGUUAUGAAAAACAAGCAAAACGAAAACUUAAAAGCAAAAGUAAUCAAAAAGAUGGUGAAUACUAUGCUAUUGUUAUUGGUACUGGUUUUUCUGGACUUGGUACGGCAAUUAAAUUGAAUGAGCUCGGUGUAGAUAAUUAUAUCUUAAUUGAACGAAAUGCACAUGUGGGUGGAACAUGGUAUGCAAAUAAAUAUCCAGGUUGUGCAUGUGAUGU